UCCCGGCGGCCAUCUUGGGAGUCUGAAGGACCUGAGGCAUUUUGUGACGAGGAUCGUCUCGGGUCAGCGGAGGGAAGAGACUUAGACCUAUCCAGUCUUCAAGGUGCUCCAGGAAGCAGGAGUUGAAGACCUGGGUGUGAGGGACACAUACAUCCUAAAAGCACCACAGCAGAGGAGGCCCAGGCAGUGCCAGGAGUCAAGGUUCCCAGGAGACAAACCCCCUAGGAAGACAGGCGACCUGUGAGGCCCUAGAGCACCACCUUAAGAGAAGAAGAGCUGUAAGCCGGCCUUCGUCAGAGCCAUCAUGGGGGACAAGGAUAUGCCUACUGCUGGGAUGCCGAGUCUUCUCCAGAGUUCCUCUGAGAGUCCUCAGAGUUGUCCUGAGGGGGAGGACUCCCAGUCUCCUCUCCAGAUUCCCCAGAGUUCUCCUGAAAGCGACGACACCAUGUAUCCUCUCCAGAGUUCUCAGAGUCGUUCUGAGGGGGAGGACUCCUCGGAUCCUCUCCAGAGACUUCCUGAGGGGAAGGAUUCCCAAUCUCCUCUCCAGAUUCCCCAGAGUUCUCCUGAGAGCGACGACACCCUGUAUCCUCUCCAGAGUCCUCAGAGUCGUUCUGAGGGGGAGGACUCCUCGGAUCCUCUCCAGAGACCUCCUGAGGGGAAGGAUUCCCAAUCUCCUCUCCAGAUUCCCCAGAGUUCUCCUGAGAGCGACGGCACCCUGUAUCCUCUCCAGAGUCCUCAGAGUCGUUCUGAGGGGGAGGACUCCUCGGAUCCUCUCCAGAGACCUCCUGAGGGGAAGGAUUCCCAAUCUCCUCUCCAGAUUCCCCAGAGUUCUCCUGAGAGCGACGGCACCCUGUAUCCUCUCCAGAGUCCUCAGAGUCGUUCUGAGGGGGAGGACUCCUCGGAUCCUCUCCAGAGACCUCCUGAGGGGAAGGACUCCCAGUCUCCUCUCCAGAAUUCUCAGAGUUCUCCUGAGGGGAAGGACUCCCUGUCUCCUUUAGAGAUUUCUCAGAGCCCUCCUGAGGGUGAGGAUGUCCAGUCUCCUCUGCAGAAUCCUGCGAGUUCCUUCUUCUCCUCUGCUUUAUUGAGUAUUUUCCAGAGUUCCCCUGAGAGUACUCAAAGUCCUUUUGAGGGUUUUCCCCAGUCUGCUCUCCAGAUUCCUGUGAGCGCCUCCUUCUCCUCCACUUUAGUGAGUAUUUUCCAGAGUUCCCCUGAGAGUACUCAAAGUCCUUUUGAGGGUUUUCCCCAGUCUCCACUCCAGAUUCCUGUGAGCCGCUCCUUCUCCUCCACUUUAUUGAGUAUUUUCCAGAGUUCCCCUGAGAGAAGUCAGAGAACUUCUGAGGGUUUUGCACAGUCUCCUCUCCAGAUUCCUGUGAGCUCCUCCUUGUCCUCCACUUUACUGAGUCUUUUCCAGAGUUCCCCUGAGAGAACUCAGAGUACUUUUGAGGGUUUUCCCCAGUCUCCACUCCAGAUUCCUGUGAGCCCCUCCUUCUCCUCCACUUUAGUGAGUAUUUUCCAGAGUUCCCCUGAGAGAACUCAGAGUACCUUUGAGGGUUUUGCCCAGUCUCCUCUCCAGAUUCCUGUGAGCCCCUCCUUCUCCUCCACUUUAUUGAGUCUUUUCCAGAGUUCCCCUGAGAGAACUCAGAGUACUUUUGAGGGUUUUCCCCAGUCUCCACUCCAGAUUCCUGUGAGCCGCUCCUUCUCCUCCACUUUAUUGAGUAUUUUCCAGAGUUCCCCUGAGAGAACUCAGAGUACUUUUGAGGGUUUUGCCCAGUCUCCUCUCCAGAUUCCUGUGAGCCGCUCCUUCUCCUCCACUUUAUUGAGUAUUUUCCAGAGUUCCCCUGAGAGAACUCAGAGUACUUUUGAGGGUUUUGCCCAGUCUCCUCUCCAGAUUCCUGUGAGCCCCUCCUUCUCCUCCACUUUAUUGAGUCUUUUCCAGAGUUCCUCUGAGAGAACUCAGAGUACUUUUGAGGGUUUUGCCCAGUCUUCUCUCCAGAUUCCUGUGAGCCCCUCCUUCUCCUCCACUUUAUUGAGUAUUUUCCAGAGUUCCCCUGAGAGAACUCAGAGUACUUUUGAGGGUUUUCCCCAGUCUCCUCUCCAGAUUCCUGUGAGCCCCUCCUUCUCCUCCACUUUAUUGAGUAUUUUCCAGAGUUCCCCUGAGAGAACUCAGAGUACUUUUGAGGGUUUUCCCCAGUCUCCUCUCCAGAUUCCUGUGAGCCCCUCCUCCUCCUCCACUUUAUUGAGUCUUUUCCAGAGUUCCCCUGAGAGAACUCAGAGUACUUUUGAGGGUUUUCCCCAGUCUCCACUCCAGAUUCCUGUGAGCCCCUCCUUCUCCUCCACUUUAAUGAGUCUUUUCCAGAGUUCCCCUGAGAGAACUCAGAGUACUUUUGAGGGUUUUGCCCAGUCUCCUCUCCAGAUUCCUGUGAGCCGCUCCUUCUCCUCCACUUUAUUGAGUAUUUUCCAGAGUUCCCCUGAGAGAAGUCAGAGAACUUCUGAGGGUUUUGCACAGUCUCCUCUCCAGAUUCCUGUGAGCUCCUCCUCCUCCUCCACUUUACUGAGUCUUUUCCAGAGUUCCUCUGAGAGAACUCAUAGUACUUUUGAGGGUUUUCCCCAGUCUCCACUCCAGAUUCCUGUGAGCCCCUCCUCCUCCUCCUCCACUUUAUUGAGUCUUUUCCAGAGUUCCCCUGAGUGUACUCAAAGUACUUUUGAGGGUUUUCCCCAGUCUCCUCUCCAGAUUCCUCAGAGUCCUUCUGAAAGGGAGAACACCCAUUCUCCUCUCCAGAUUGUUCCAAGUCUUCCUGAGUGGGAGGACUCCCUGUCUCCUCACUACUUUCCUCAGAGCCCUCCUCAGGGGGCAGACUCCCUGUCUCCUCACUACUUUCCUCAGCGCCCACAGGGGGAGGACUCCCUGUCUCCUCACUACUUUCCUCAGAGCCCUCCUCAGGGGGCAGACUCCCUGUCUCCUCACUACUUUCCUCAGAGCCCUCCUCAGGGGGCAGACUCCCUGUCUCCUCACUACUUUCCUCAGAGCCCUCCUCAGGGGGCAGACUCCCUGUCUCCUCACUACUUUCCUCAGAGCCCACAGGGGGAGGACUCCCUGUCUCCUCACUACUUUCCUCAGAGCCCUCCUCAGGGGGAGGACUCCCUGUCUCCUCACUACUUUCCUCAGAGCCCUCCUCAGGGGGAGGACUCCCUGUCUCCUCACUACUUUCCUCAGAGCCCUCAGGGGGAGGACUCCCUGUCUCCUCACUACUUUCCUCAGAGCCCUCCUCAGGGGGAGGACUCCCUGUCUCCUCACUACUUUCCUCAGAGCCCUCCUCAGGGGGAGGACUCCCUGUCUCCUCACUACUUUCCUCAGAGCCCUCAGGGGGAGGACUCCCUGUCUCCUCACUACUUUCCUCAGAGCCCUCCUCAGGGGGAGGACUCCCUGUCUCCUCACUACUUUCCUCAGAGCCCUCCUCAGGGGGAGGACUCCAUGUCUCCUCUCUACUUUCCUCAGAGUCCUCUUCAGGGGGAGGAAUUCCAGUCUUCUCUCCAGAGCCCUGUGAGCAUCUGCUCCUCCUCCACUCCAUCCAGUCUUCCCCAGAGUUUCCCUGAGAGUUCUCAGAGUCCUCCUGAGGGGCCUGUCCAGUCUCCUCUCCAUAGUCCUCAGAGCCCUCCUGAGGGGAUGCACUCCCAAUCUCCUCUCCAGAGUCCUGAGAGUGCUCCUGAGGGGGAGGAUUCCCUGUCUCCUCUCCAAAUUCCUCAGAGUCCUCUUGAGGGAGAGGACUCCCUGUCUUCUCUCCAUUUUCCUCAGAGUCCUCCUGAGUGGGAGGACUCCCUCUCUCCUCUCCAGAUUCAUCCGUGUCCUCCUGAUGGGGCGGAUCCCCAGUCUGCUCUCCAGAUUCCUCAGAGUCCUCCUGAGUGGGAGGACUCCAUGUCUCCUCUCCACUUUCCUCAGUUUCCUCCUCAGGGGGAGGACUUCCAGUCUUCUCUCCAGAGUCCUGUGAGUAUCUGCUCCUCCUCCACUUCUUUGAGUCUUCCCCAGAGUUUCCCUGAGAGUCCUCAGAGUCCUCCUGAGGGGCCUGCUCAGUCUCCUCUCCAGAGACCUGUCAGCUCCUUCUUCUCCUACACUUUAGCGAGUCUUCUCCAAAGUUCCCAUGAGAGUCCUCAGAGUCCUCCUGAGGGGCCUGCCCAGUCUCCUCUCCAGAGUCCUGUGAGCUCCUUCCCCUCCUCCACUUCAUCGAGUCUUUCCCAGAGUUCUCCUGUGAGCUCCUUCCCCUCCUCCACUUCAUCGAGUCUUUCCAAGAGUUCUCCUGUGAGCUCCUUCCCCUCCUCCACUUCAUCGAGUCUUUCCAUGAGUUUUCUUGUGAGCUGCUUCCCCUCCUCCACUUCGAGUCUUUCCCAGAGUUCUCCUGUGAGCUGCUUCCCCUCCUCCACUUCAUCGAGUCUUUCCCAGAGUUCUCCUGUGAGCUGCUUCCCCUUCUCCACUUCAUCGAGUCUUUCCCAGAGUUCUCCUGUGAGCUGCUUCCCCUCCUCCACUUCAUCGAGUCUUUCCAAGAGUUCCCCUGAGAGUCCUCAGAGUUCUCUCCAGAGUCCUGUGAGCUCCUUCUCCUCCUCCACUUCAUUGAGCCCAUUCAGUGAAGAGUCCAGCAGCCCAGUAGAUGAAUAUACAAGUUCCUCAGACACCUUGCUAGAGAGUGAUUCCUUGACAGACAGCGAGUCCUUGAUAGAGAGCGAGCCCUUGUUCACUUAUACACUGGAUGAAAAGGUGGACGAGUUGGCGCGGUUUCUUCUCCUCAAAUAUCAAGUGAAGCAGCGUAUCACAAAGGCAGAGAUGCUGACGAAUGUCAUCAGCAGGUACACGGGCUACUUUCCUGUGAUCUUCAGGAAAGCCCGUGAGUUCAUAGAGAUUCUUUUUGGCAUUUCCCUGAGAGAAGUGGACCCUGAUGACUCCUAUGUCUUUGUAAACACAUUAGACCUCACCUCUGAGGGGAGUCUGAGUGAUGAGCAGGGCAUGCCCCAGAACCGCCUCCUGAUUCUUAUUCUGAGUAUCAUCUUCAUAAAGGGCACCUAUGCCUCUGAGGAGGUCAUCUGGGAUGUGCUGAGUGGAAUAGGGGUGCGUGCUGGGAGGGAGCACUUUGCCUUUGGGGAGCCCAGGGAGCUCCUCACUAAAGUUUGGGUGCAGGAACGUUACCUAGAGUACCGGGAGGUGCCCAACUCUUCUCCUCCUCGUUACGAAUUCCUGUGGGGUCUAAGAGCUCAUUCAGAAGUCAUUAAGAGGAAAGUAGUAGAGUUUUUGGCCAUGCUAAACAAUACCGUCCCUAUUACCUUUCCAUCCUCUUACAAGGAUGCUUUGAAAGAUGUGGAAGAGAGAGCCCAGGCCAUAAUUGACACCACAGAUGAUUCGACUGCCACAGAAAGUGCAAGCUCCAGUGUUGUGUCCCCCAGCUUCUCUUCUGAGUGAAGUCUAGGGCAGAUUCUUCCCUCUGAGUUUGAAGGGGGCAGUCGAGUUUCUACGUGGUGGAGGGCCCGGUUGAGGCUGGAGAGAACACAGUGCUAUUUGCAUUUCUGUUCCAUAUGGGUAGUUAAGGGGUUCACCUGUUUUACUUUUGGGUAUUUUUCAAAUGCUUUUCCUAUUAAUAACAGGUUUAAAUAGCUUCAGAAUCCUAGUUUAUGAACAUGAGUCGCACAUGUAUUGCUGUUUAUCUGGUUUAAGAGUAACAGUUUGAUAUUUUGUAAAAACAAAAACACACCCAAACACACCACAUUGGGAAAACCUUCUGCCUCAUUUUGUGAUGUGUCACAGGUUAAUGUGGUAUUGCUGUAGGAAUUUUCUUGAAACUGUGAAGGAACUCUGCAGUUAAAUAGUGGAAUAAAGUAAAGGAUUGUUAAUGUUUGCAUUUCCUCAGGUCCUUUAGUCUGUUGUUCUUGAAAACUAAAGAUACAUACCUGGUUUGCUUGGCUUAUGUAAGAAAGUAGAAGAAAGUAAAUUGUAAUAAA